AUGGGGGCGCACUCAAGUCCGGGACUCGGGGCCGGGCCGGGGGGCGCGGGGGACCGGGCUUCCCGGGACGCAGCCUCGGAGGGCGGCGCGGCGGCGGCGGCAUCAGCGCCGCACACCCAUGCGCGCCCCCCGCCUCCCGGUGCGCGGCCCGGCGCAGCUGGCGGAGCGGCGGGGACAAUGGCGGGGCGCGCGGCGGCGCUCACUGCAGCAGCAGCAGCAGCAGCUGGUGGGAGUAGCCGGCGGCCUCGGGGGGCGGGCCCGGCGGGCUGGGCGGCGGCGUGGGCGGUGGCGCGGCCUGGGCUGGGGGCGCGGCCCGGGCGGGCGGCGGCGGCGAGGCGGGGUCGGGGCCGCGGGCUCCCGUCUCCCUGUUCAUUCCUCGUGCCCCGGGUCCGCCGUCGCCGUCGCCGCCGGCGCUGCGCGCGCGAUAAUGGGGGGCCGGGCGGAAGCGGCCUGGGCGGGGCCGCGCGCGCUCCCCGCCCCCCCACCCACCCCCGGCGCCGGCCCGGACGCGGCCCGGCGGGCUGGGGGUGUCGCCGUCCCCGCCGCGCCCCGCCCCCGCCGAGUACCCACCCUGCAACCGCGAGGCCGGACACUGCCAUUGGAUUUAGGGCCACCUUCAUCUGGGAUGACCUCAUCUCCAUCUUUCACUUAAUCGCAUCUGCAAAGACCCUAUUUCCAAAGAAGGUCCCGUUCCCAGGUUCCAGGGAUCAAGUCUUGGACGUGUCUUCUUGGGGGGAACAAUUCAACCCACUACAACCUCCAUCAUCACAGAAUAUGUCCAACUCCAUGAAUAUGGCAUUCACUGGAUAGAGAAGAAUACCUUUGAGAGAUGUUCUUACAAGGCACUGGAAGGCAGCUGACCACAGCAGCCCCAGG